AAAGUACCCAAUUUCCAAGUGGGGCAAAAGGGGAAAUCUGUAAAAUAUGUAAGGGCAUAUUUAGAAGGAGUAGAAGAAGAAGAGGGAAGAAGGUCGGCGGAUCAGCUCUCCCAAAGAAUAAGAAGACGAGCCAGAGGAGAUCGGCGUGAGAGAAGGAGAGAGAGGAAACUGAUUUUGGGUGCAAGGGGCACUCUCAAAACGCAGCGUUUCAGCACUGGUGCAUUGAUGGCUGCAGAAGAGGACUCCAUUGAACAAGCUGCAGCAGCUCGCCGUGAGCGGCUCAGAACUCUUAAAGCUGCUCAAGAACUGCUAAACACUCCAGAUGAGGAUUCCGCUCAAGUUGAGCAUAAGACAAAUGAUGAGAAUGGAACUAAUGAAGAAAAUAAUUUCAACAUGAAAUUUCGGAACUAUGUUCCUCAUGAUAAGCAACUUCAGGAGGGAAAGGUUUCUCCACCAGUGCUACCAAAGUUUGAAGAUCCUAUUGCAGCUGCACCUCUACCAUCAGCAGAGGAGGACCCAUUUGUGAAUAUCGCUCCAAAGAAACCAAACUGGGACCUCAGGAGGGAUGUGCAAAAGAAACUUGAUAAGCUUGAAAGACGCACCCAAAAGGCAUUAUAUAAACUUAUGGAGGAGCAAGAAAAACAGAAGCAAUUGACUGAAGAAGAUGGUGGCACUGGUGCAGAAGAUUAGAACUGAACUUAUGUAGGCAUGUUGAUAGGUCUUCUCGAUAUUGUUGUGUGCAAUUUUUUUUGAAUUUUGGUACUUUUUAAGUUAGUGAAGCAAAUACCUUUAUAUAUUGUCCCGUGUUUUUGCUUUUCUCAAAUUUCUGUAGUAAUUUUCCUGAUUGUGUCGAAGGAUACCAGGAAUGAGAGCAAGUAAUGUAUGCAUACAGUGCUAUAAGGGUGUAAUUUGCCAAUGUCGCUUACUCUAAAAUUUCUCCAUUAUGUAGGGUUGGGUUUUGUUUUUAUGUA